AUGCUCUUAGGUGCUCCACUGCUGUCGCGGAGCAGCGACCAAAGUGCACGGCAUAGUGCUGGGCAAGAAAGUGCUUCGAGUGAGGGCGAUGAAGAAGGUCAAGGCUGGCAGCGCGAAGGGGUUUCUCCGGCCAGCAGUACCGGGGGAUACGAAUGGAACAGGCAGAUCAUAGAAGGAGGAGGCGGCGGCCAAAUUGCUGCGCAAGGCGUUAACCGAGAACAGUCUAGCAGCGUUCAGCGAAGUGAUGGACAGUCCGCAUGGUCUGGAUACAGUAUUCGCACUCAUGAAAGCGAAGAACUGGAACGGAGUGACAACGGAGAGAGCGCACUUCCCGCACAAUUUGUGCCUCAACGAGAUGAGGGCCAGUGGCAAUCGGGCAUUGUUGAAGGAGGUGAUCUGCGCGAACUUGAACGGGACAGUGACCGCAUUUGGGCGAGCGCCGCCGAACGAGCGUGGUGGGGAGGCUAUGACCAAGGCGGAGCUGCCGCAGAGGCGCAAAGGGACAUUUUUUAUGAACCCGAACUUGAUUAG